AUGAAGGCCGUGCGCUUCCACGGACGGGGCGACAUCAGGGUAGAUGAGAUCGAAGAACCGACAUGCGGGCAGGGACAGGUCAAGAUGCGACCUGCCUUCGUCGGAAUCUGUGGCAGUGACUUACACGAAUACCUGGGCGGUCCAGUCCUAGUACCCCAGGAACCGCACAAGAUCACCGGGGCCACGCACCCAGUAACCCUGGGCCACGAAUUCGGCGGGAUCAUUGAAGAGGUCGGCGAGGGCGUAACGCACGUCUCGCCGGGCCAGCGAGCUGUCGUACGGCCCACCAUCUUCGACAAAGAGUGUACGUCCUGCAAGCUGGGCUACGAAUACUGCUGCGAGAACAUCGGCUUCAUCGGGCUAUCAGGGUACGGCGGCGGCCUAGCCAAGUACAUCGUGGCGCCAGCUGAACACUUCUACCCGCUACCGGACACCAUCUCCCUGGAGGCGGCGGCGCUGAUCGAGCCCCUGGCGGUCGCCUGGCACGCGGUGAACAUCUCCCCCUUCAAGCCCGGUGACAGCGUCCUGGUCCUCGGCGGCGGGCCCGUGGGGAUCGGGAUCGUGCAGGUCCUGAAGAUGCAGGGGGCGCAGAACAUCCUGGUCGCCGAGCUGAUGGCGAACCGCCAGCGACUGGCGCGGGACUACGGCGCCGCGCACAUCGUGGACCCGCGCGCGGAAGGGCCCGGCGGUAACACAGCGGCGCGCGUCCGCGAGCUGACGGGAGGCGUCGGCGCGGAUGUCAUCUUCGAUACCGCGGGGGUGGAGGCGGCGCUCGACGAGGCGAUCGGCGCCUGUCGCACCCACGGCACGAUUGUCAAUAUCGCGGUCUGGGAGAAGCGGCCCGCCUUAAGGGUGAAUGACCUCAUGUAUAGCGAGUUGAAGUAUACGGGGUCGGCGCUGUAUGAUGAGAGUGCGUUUGUGGGUGUGAUUCAGGCGCUGAAUCACGGCCAGUUGGCUCCGGAGAAGAUGAUCACCGCGAAGAUCGGGUUGGAUGAUGUGGUGGAGAAGGGGUUUGAGGAGCUGGUCAAGCAUCGAGAUGCGCACUGCAAGAUUCUGGUUGAUGUGCAGGCGUAGAGCUUGAGGGGGUGGGU